AUGGAUUCAACAUCAACUUGGAUUAACCUGCUGGGACUUCUGGCCAUUAUUCUGUUCGUAAACCUGGCCGCAGGAGAACCAUUUCCCUUUGACGAGAGACGCCACAGGGGCUGGAAUCCAGUACCAAGACCAAUGCCGCAGAUUCCUACCACACCACCUUUUAAUCCCUAUGGUUAA